AUGUCAUCAACUGAUCAAGAAAAAGACCUAAAAAUCCUCAAAGAAUGGUUCCCCUAUACGACGAGGCCGUUCAUCGCUAAUGCGCCUAUGAUCGGAUUUGCCGAUUUCCGCUUAGCAACAGCAGUGACGAAAGCCGGAGGUCUAGGAUUCAUCGGCGGAGCAUUUAACUUCAGUGCCGAAUCAGCUCAACUCGCAAAGCUAGACGGCGAAUUGACUAAAGCGCGAAGUGAGCUAGGAAUCACUGAUUCCGGUACUUUACCGAUUGGCGUGGGCUUCAUCACCUUCACGCCGACGGGGUUCGAAGAGAACGUUGUUCCCCUGCUGGAGAAGCAUCGGGUGUCUGCUGUAUGGCUGUCCUUUCCACAGUCGGAUGACGACCAUGGGCCUCUCAUCAGUGCUAUUCGUGAUGCACAAACGAGAACUGAAUGGUCGGUUAAAGUCUUUGUGCAGGUUGGAACUGUGCAAGGUGCUGCGACGGCUGCGGAACAAGGUGCGGAUGUAAUCGUUGUGCAGGGGAUUGAUGCUGGAGGUCAUCAGUGGGCGAGGGGUGCUAGUCUUAUGUCGCUUCUGCCUGAUGUGAGAGGGAGCUUGGGAAAUGUUUAUAAGGUCGCUAUCUUGGCGGCUGGUGGUAUUGUUGAUGGGAGGGGAUGUGUUGCUGCUUUGGGACUUGGAGCCGAUGGGGUUGUUAUGGGGACUAGGUUCGUUGCAACUGAGGAGUGUCCAGCUCCACCCCAUAUCAAAAACUCGAUAGUGAAAGCCCAGGAUGGCGCUUUCUCGACCGUCAAGUCUGUCCAACAUGAUGUCUUCCAAUCUACCGAUGUGUUCCCAAGGCAAUAUGAUGGAAGGGCUCUGAUUGGGAUCAGUUGGACUGAAUCACAGAGCGGAGUCAGUGAUGAUGAAGUCAUUCGGCGAUAUAAGGAGGCUAUCAAGCAAGGAGAGGAUCAUCGACGAACCGUCUGGGCGUGA